CCAAGGAUUUGGCCUGAAAACUGCGAGGGGUUUUCAGUCGAUCUUAGCUAGGCUAGCUGAUGUUAGCAGGGACGUCAACGUUACUCCGGUGAGCAAGAGUAAAAUCUGAUUGAAAAUUCUCACUUUUAUGCAGAAAUUAAAGCUUUCUUCAUCCGCAAACCCAACAGGCGGUUUCAGACAGUUGGACUCUGAGCUAUCAUGCAUCACGACCCGACCUCGCCCGUGUUUCUCUGCUCUAAAAGAAGAGCCUCCCUCAUGUCCACCUGCGACGUCCCUCCUGAAAACUUUGCAGAGACGCUGCCGACGGAGAUGAGCGAGAGGAUCUUUGGCGAGCUGGACACCGAGAGUCUGUGCAGCGCGGCGCUGACCUGCCGGCUGUGGCACGACAUCAUCGAGGAGAGCGAGCAGGUGUGGAGGAUUCAGUGUUCGCUGGUCAGCGCCGUCUGCCAGAGGGAGGUCGACAGCGACAGGAGGGACGGACUGUCCUGGAAGGUCACUCUGGUGAAGAACUACACGCGCAGCUGUCUGAAGAGAGACUGGCUGAGGGGACGGUUCAGCCAUGUGCGCUCUGCAGAGGAGCUGAGGGGCAGGAAGAUGACGCCUCUGGACGCUGAGACCUGGGGAGAGAUCCUGCAGGCCGAGCUGGACAGAUGACCGACAGAAGACUCCACAUCCAGUAUUAUUUUUUUAAAGCACCUCUGGCACUUUUUGAUUUCUAACUCUAAUAUAUUUGAUAGUUUGUGUUUUAUGCAAAUACACGCACACACAAAAAAAUGUAAAUAAUUUUAUUUUUUUUGUACUUUUUUUAAGAAAAAAAGAAUCAUGGAGAAAAUGAAACAUUGACAUCAGAGGGUCAAAUUAUUUGAUACAAUUAAGCUGUUUCAAUCCUGUGAUGUAAAAAUGACUGAGAUGCAAUAAAUUAAAUGUUUGCAAUUAGCUGAAGUAAA